AUGGGCCUCCUCGCUCAGGUCGCCGGCCCCAUAGGCGACUUCACCUCCACCGCAUCCCUCCCCGUCCUCGUCGCCGCUGGCCUCUCCUCCUUCAUUGUCCUCGCCGUGGUGCUGAACGUACUGAAGCAACUCCUGUUCAAAAACCCCAAUGAGCCGCCUUUGGUCUUCCACUGGUUCCCCGUCAUCGGUAACACCGUGACCUAUGGCAUGGACCCCUUCAAGUUCUUUUUCCAAAACAAGCAAAAGUAUGGCGACGUAUUCACCUUUGUUUUGCUUGGCAAAAAGAUGACCGUAUGCCUGGAUACCCGCGGGAACAAUUUCAUCUUGAACGGCAAAAUCAAGGACGUCAACGCCGAGGAAAUCUACAACCCGCUUACCGGCCCGGUGUUUGGCAAGGAUGUGGUCUACGACUGUCCCAACUCGAAGCUUAUGGAGCAGAAAAAGUUUGUCAAGUUUGGCCUUACCCAAGAUGCUCUCCGUUCCUACGUUACCCUCAUCACGGCCGAGGUGGAAGACUUUGUCAAGCGCCACAAGUCAUUCAAGGGUCAGAAGGGCACCUUCGACGUCCCCAAGGUCAUGGCUGAGCUCACCAUCUAUACUGCGUCCCGCUCCCUUCAAGGCGAAGAGGUUCGCAAAAUGUUCGAUUCUCAAUUCGCCGACCUGUACCAUGAUCUCGACAUGGGCUUCUCUCCCAUCAACUUCUCCUUCUCCUGGGCUCCACUCCCACACAAUCGCGCUCGCGACAACGCCCGCGAGACCAUGAUCAAGCUCUACUCUGAAAUCGUUCGACAGAGGAGGGCUGGUAAUGUCAAGAAAGAUAGCCACGAUAUGAUUUGGCACUUGAUGGAUUGCAAAUACAAAGACGGCACUCAAGUUCCUGAACACGAAAUUGCUGGUAUCAUGAUUGCGCUUCUGAUGGCCGGUCAGCACUCUUCCUCUUCCACAAUCUCCUGGAUCCUGCUCCGCCUUGCCACCAAACCCGAGCUUGUUGAGGAACUUCUUGCCGAACAAAAACAGGUCGUUGGCGAAGACCUACCUGCGCUCACUCAUGAUGACUUGUCCAGACUUCCUCUCCAUGCCCAGGUUGUUAAAGAGACCCUCCGUCUCCACGCCCCCAUUCAUUCCAUCAUGCGCAAAGUGAAGCAACCUCUCGUUAUCGAAGGUACCAAUUAUGUCGUUCCAACCGGUCGUACUUUGAUGUCAUCGCCAGGUGUCACCGCACAAAUGGAUAGCUAUUUUCCCAACUCCUCGGUAUGGGAUCCCCAUCGAUGGGAUGAGGGCGCAAACAAUUACGAGGACGAUGAGGAUGACGAAAAGAUUGACUACGGUUGGGGAACAGUCUCCAAGGGCACAAAGUCACCAUAUUUGCCUUUUGGUGCAGGGCGACACAGGUGCAUCGGCGAACAAUUUGCCUAUGUGCAGUUGCAAACCAUUCUGGCAGCCUUCGUUCGCGAGUUCAAAUUGAGGAAUGUGGGUGGUAGCCAGGAGAUUGUGGGUACAGACUACGCAUCGCUCUUCUCAAGGCCGCUGGCCCCUGGUAUCGUUGAAUGGGAGCGAAGAUCGAAGGCUUAAUGUAGUCCUGAAUAAUGAUGUGGAUGUGAUGCGACGCAUCAGCAAAAGACACUGUGCAAGUUCAC